AUGGCCGACCCAACCACCCAAGCUGAGGCGACCCAGCCCGAAGUGUCUGCCCCCGUCGCAGAGGCACGCACCGACGCUGCUCCCGCUGUCGAGACCACUAAAGACGAGCCUAUCGAGGCUAAUCAGACCAAGGAGGCUGCGACAGCUGAGAAAAAUGGAGACACUUCCAAGGAGGACGAUGCCGUCAAGGAGGACAAUGACGCCAAUGCUCACAAGACCAGAGCGCACGGCCGCCACCACGACAGCAACAAGCGCAAAUUUGACCCUUCCGUUCUGUCUGUUACGGAUGACCCUCACCUGAUCCGUGUCCAGGUCGAGUUCUACUUCGGAGACAACAACCUUCCCCAGGACAAAUACAUGUGGAAUCUGACUGGAGGAUUCGACAACAAACCUGUCCCUCUCAAGACGAUCUGCUCCUUCGGUCGCAUGCACCGUUUCCAGCCCUACGAGGCUGUCGUCAAGGCUCUGAAUGACAGCCAGUUCCUGGUCAUCUCUGGCGAAGAGGGCAACGAGACAGUCUCUCGCAAGGUCCCCUACAAGUCCUCCAAGCCCGGCGAUAAGUUUCCAGUCUCGGUCUACGUCAAGGGCUUUGGCGACGAGCAGCCGUCUACCCAGUUCGACAUUGAGGCCUUCUUCGCGAAGUUCGGUCCAGUUAAUGCCAUUCGACUUCGCCGAGAUGAUGACCAUCUUUUCAAGGGUUCCGUCUUUGCUGAGUUCGAUACUGAGGAGCAGGCCAAGGCUUUCUUGGCCCUUGACCCCGCGCCCAAGUACGAGGGACGUGAUCUGAAGAUCAUGUCUAAGCGGGCAUACGUUGACGAGAAAUCCAAGUUGAUCGAGGAAGGCAAGCUCGAGCCCAGCAAGAGCAAAGCUCCCCGGACCUUCUGGGAGGGCCAGGACCUCGGCCGUGGUCGCGGAGGAGACCGCUUCAAGGGCGACAAGGAUGACUGGAAGGCCCGCAAGGAUCACGACCGCAGGAACAACAACCGAGGUGGUAGAGGUGGGCGUGGGCGUGGGCGUGGAGGCCGUGGUCGUGGAGGUCGCGAUUUCGACCGCAACAACAGGCGUGAUCGGGACGAGGCUGCAGGAGACCGCAAGGACGCCACUGAGGGCGACAAGUCUAGCGAGCCCAAUGGCAAGCGCUCUCGCGAGGAUGAUGGCGGCGCCGCCCAGGAGCCCCCAGCCAAGAAGGUCGACACCAAGGCGGAGGCUUGA